AUGGGAUUAGAUUACCUUCUUUUUGAAGAAGCCACAGGGUAUGGUAUCUUCAAAGUAUUGAUUCAACAAGAUGACAUUGCUUCCAGACAAAAAGAAGUCCAAGAAGCUUCCAAUGAUUUGGCCAAGUUUUCCAAGAUGGUUGAGUUAGUAUCAUUCGCUCCAUUCAAGGGUGCAGCUCAAGCUUUAGAAAAUGCUAACGACAUCUCCGAAGGGUUAGUUUCUGACUACUUGAAAUCUAUUUUGGAAUUAAACUUGCCAAAAACCUCAGCUAAGAAUAAGAUUACCUUGGGUGUGUCUGACAAGAACUUGGGUCCAUCAAUCAAGGAAAUUUUCCCAUAUGUUGAUUGUUUAUCCAAUGAAAUUGCUCAAGACUUUUUGAGAGGAAUCAGAGUUCAUGGUGCUAAGUUAUUCAAGGAUUUACAAGAAGGUGAUAUUGAAAGAGCCCAAUUAGGUUUAGGGCAUGCUUUCUCCAGAGCUAAAGUUAAGUUCUCUGUCCAAAAAAACGACAACCACAUUAUUCAAGCUAUUGCCUUGUUAGAUCAAUUAGACAAAGAUAUCAACACCUUCUCCAUGAGAGUUAAGGAAUGGUACGGUUGGCACUUUCCAGAAUUGGCCAAGAUUGUUCCUGAUAACUAUACCUUUGCCAAGUUGGCUUUGUUUAUCAAGGACAAGGCUUCUUUAACUGAUGAAUCUUUGCAUGAUGUUGCUGCUUUGGUCAAUGAAGAUUCUGGUAUUGCUCAAAGAGUUAUUGACAAUGCUAAGAUCUCCAUGGGUCAAGAUAUCAGUGAACAAGAUUUGGACAAUGUUAUUACAUUUGCGCAAAGAGUAGUAAACAUCAGUGAAUACAGACAACAAUUGUACAAAUACUUGACUGAUAAGAUGCACACUGUUGCUCCUAACUUGUCUACCUUGAUUGGUGAAGUUGUUGGUGCUAGAUUGAUCUCCCAUGCCGGUUCCUUGACCAACUUGUCUAAGCAAGCUGCCUCAACUGUGCAAAUCUUGGGUGCUGAAAAGGCUUUAUUUAGAGCUUUAAAGACCAAGGGUAACACUCCAAAGUAUGGUUUGAUUUACCAUUCCUCAUUCAUUGGUAAGGCCAGUGCUAAGAAUAAGGGAAGAAUUUCCAGAUAUUUGGCCAACAAAUGUUCUAUUGCUUCCAGAAUUGAUAACUAUUCCGAUGAACCAACCACUGCUUUUGGUGAAAUAUUAAAGAAGCAAGUUGAACAAAGAUUAAACUUUUACGAUACUGGUUCUGCUCCAAUGAAGAAUGCUGAUGCUAUUAAGGAAGCUUUAGCCUUGACUGGUAAAGAUCUUGCUGAUAUUGAAGUUGAUGAAGAAGAACAAGAGGAAGAAGAACCAAAGAAGGAAAAGAAAGAAAAGAAAGAAAAGAAGGAAAAGAAGGAAAAGAAAGACAAGAAGGAAAAGAAGGAAAAGAAAGAUAAGAAGAGAAAGGCUGAUGAUGACGAAUCCCCAAAGAAAAAGAAGAAGAAGUCCAAGGAUUAA